CAUUCUCUGUGAAACCCCAAACAACACAUACAGCAAUCAGUGGAGUGCGAUGAUGAUGAAAGAAAUAAAGAAAGAACGAAAGAGAUGUCUCUGAGGCCACACCCUCGUGUGCCAUUGGCCAGUUUGGUGUCCCCUCCCUGGAGGUCAAAAACAGGGAUAGAGAAUAAAGAAAGGCGUAAUAACAAGUGACUAAACUAGUGACUGAUAGACUUGUAAGAGUACCUAGGCGCUAGUCAAACUUUUGAAUAUCUGUCGCGUGAGCGGACCAGCUUUCAGCUUCCAGGGAUUCAACAAACGUGACAAUAUCAACAUGUCUUAUUCCUACUCUAAGAGGUCUUAUUCUACCAGUGCCGCUAAGGGCAGCAGUCCCAGCCAGGCGAUUGAGGACCCCAAGAAGAAGACUUCUCUGCUAAAGGACAGAAGUUGGAUUAGGAGCAACGCAGAUCAGGACGAAGCAGUCGACCAGGAUCCAAACUUUGGCAGAGUGGUUCUGAACAAAUACCGGUCCAAUGAGGCUCUUGACAGUGCUGAGACUGCAGACUUAAAAUCCCCUCAAACGACAACCUCCGUAGAGGCCCUAAAAAAGAGAUUUGGUGGGAGUCAGGAUGAAUUGAGCAAGGGCAGCACCCUGCCUUCAACUUAUGGACGUUCUAGCACAUCCUACACAAGAAGUACCUCACCACCAAAGUCAGAUGGUCUCAAGACAACGACUGUCUCUAAAACAACAGUCACAGAGAAACCUAAGAAAACAAGCACCACAACAACUACCACCACCAAAGGUGGAACAACUACGGAGACUACCAUCUCCACAAGCCAGAGUGUGAGCAGAUCCCCAGUUGUGAAAUCGCCCACCACCAACACUGAGCGCUUCACCGAUCGGGUCUUCAGCUCCAGAAAAGGGACUGAGGAUCAGUUAGUCAGUAGUCUGAUACCAACAUCCGUCAAAACUGAAUACUUGAUCCCAGACAGCACGACAAGUGUCUCCAAAACAGAUACUGUGACACUGAAAACCACUAAAAAGGAAAGCACUUAUGGAGAUGGCAGCAAGAAACCCCCCACUACCCCAAGGGGGACUUCCUCAAAGACCGAGGAUGACCUCUUUGAUACUCUCCUGCCGACAACCAUAAUCGCUCGCUACUCCUCCCCUGACAGCACUACAACCAUCACCAAUAAAGAAGUUGUCACUGUGGACAGCCCCAAAGGGGAUGUCAAAACUGUGAAAUCUCCGACCUCUACUACUAGGACCAUCACCAGUAGGAGUGACGAUGUCUCCACUACCAGGUCCUCUUCCUACACCAUCAGCUCCAAGCCAAGUGAGGACUACACCUCAACCAACACCCGUAAAAGCUACUCCAGCAAGCCAGACAACAGUGUCACCAGCACCAGUGUCUAUACCACGUCUACUACCUACAAGGACAGCAGCCGGGCUGAGGACGAUCUGUUCGAUUCUCUCAUGUUAAAACCCACCAAGACGGUGUAUUCUACUCCUGAAAGUCCCUCUAGGACUGUUUUGGAGAGAGACCUGUGCUCUUACUGCCGUAAGCCCAUGAGUUCUGACCCCAAGAUGGUGCUGGAGGAUAUGAAGAUCAACUGCCACACUACCUGCUUUAAGUGUGAGGUGUGUAGCAGUGACCUGGGCCAUCUCAAGGCCGGGGACAGUAUGUGGGUCUACAGACGCACCGUCCACUGUGAGCGCUGCUUCGAAGUCACCAGAGAAAAAUGGCAUCGUUGAACCUCCAAAGUUCAUGCGGAUGAAGAUGGGGUCUUUAUUCUAUGGCCGUUUAAAUAGAUUUAAGUUUUGAAUUACAUUUUGGUGACAUGUAUAGAGGUUGAAAAAUAGCAUAUUUUUCAGAAUUAGGUAUGAAUUCUUGUUUAUAAAAUGGAGAGGAUAUUAAUCUUUUACAUAAAAACUACACUGACAGUUAAUGUUUUCAUGCAUGAAUAUACUAUAUGGGAUAUGUAAGCAUGUUUUUUUUUUUAUCUCUGUUCUUUUUACUUUUAGGCACCUAUAAUUAAUUGACUCAGUCUCUGAAUCAUGAUAGGUUAAACAUCCACAGUAAAAUGCAUGUAAGCCAAACAUUUUUUUUUUAACUUGUCUCAGCCAGCUGUUUGUCUCCAUAAUCAACAUAUUUCACAGGCAUUCAGGCUACCAAAAUAGGCUUACGGUAAGAUAUCCAUAUGGUGCAAUAAUUAGGGCCGGGGGUUGGUUGUGUGUGCAAUACAAAACAAUUAAGCAUUCUUUAUUAAAAUUGACAGAAGUUACACAAAA